AUGGCGGAACCCCCGAACGGCAGCUCUGCUGCUGGUGGCCUGAAGGCUCAUGCAUGCGUCCUUUGCCAGAGGAGAAAAGUCAAAUGCGACCGACAAGAACCAUGCAUAUCCUGUGUUAAAGCACGCGUGGAUUGUGAGUAUCGCGAACCGCUACCGCCUCGGAGGCGAAAAAAGAAAGAUUCCGAAGGCACGUUGGCUGCCCGGGUCCGGCACUACGAAUAUGCACUCCAGAAAGCUGGAGUUGAUGUGUCUUCACUUGAUGCAGAUAAACCCCUGCAUUUGAGUGCUAGCAAUACACUAGAAGCCGAGAAUAUCCAGGGCACCCCGACGUCUCGAGGCCACCUUAGCACUAUCUCGGAUACACCGUCCGAGAAUACUCCUGGGCAAGGGCCAGGUAGAUUGGUCUCGAGAAGAGGAAGAUCCCUUUACCUUGACAAUCACCUGUGGAAUAGCGUUAGCCACGAGCUUCAAGACGUCAAUGACAUUCUCACCGAAGACGAUCCAGUCAGGUCUGCAGAGCCUAGAAUACAGAACGGAGAAGAGUUCAAUAGCAGUUUUUUAUUCGGUGGUGGAAAACCACGCCAAACCCUAACACAUCUCCAUCCAAAUACCAUACAGAUCUUUCAAUUAUGGAAUACAUUUCUUGACGGCAUCAAUCCACUUACAAAGAUUGUCCAUGUACCCACAUUACAACAGCAAAUAUUAAACGCUGCCAGCGACUUGCAGUCUUUGUCGCCCGAAAUGGAGGCUUUAAUGUUCUCAAUUUACUCAUCAGCGUUGCUGUGCAUGCAGGUGGACGAAGUUCAAAAAUACUUCAAAGAAUCCAAAACUACGCUUUUGGCUCGAUAUCGGCAGUGUGCGCAACAGGCUUUGGUAAAUGCAGGAGUCCUUGGGACAUCAGAGCUGAUGGUACUUCAAGCGUUUGUUCUUUUUAUCCUUUCAGUCCGACUUGUAUACAAUCGACAUAUUCUGUGGUCUUUAACUGGAAUUUGCAUUCGGAUAGCACAGCGCAUCGGUCUUCACAAAGACGGCUCGAAGCUAGGUUUAUCCGUUUUUGAAACAGAGAUGCGUCGACGAAUUUGGUGGAACUUGAUCGUUGUUGAUGCCACCAUAGGUCAUAUGGCUGGCUGCGAAUCACAUAUGUUACCUUUAGCAGAUACUAAAUUACCGAGCAAUAUUAACGACAGCGCACUUGAUCCCGACAUGAAGGAGAUCCCGAAAGAAUCCUCUGGGCCGACCGAAAUGUUUUUUUGUCUGAUGUCUUAUGAGCUUGGUGUCUGGCUCGCUAAACAGGCGAAAACCAAGACAUCAUCUUUCGAUGGUUUCUGGGAGUUUUUAAGCUCUACAGCAAUCUCUAUCGAACAGAAAGAUAUCAUGAUUGACGAAAUAGAGCAACUUUUUGAAAGAAAAUACAUCAGUCAUUGUGAUUCUUCGAUCGCACUACAUUUCGUGACAUUUAUGGUUGCCAAAUCGGCCCCGACUAGGUCCCGACUGCGGGUACAUCAUCCACGACAAUACCAGGAAAAGGGGCAGCCUCUCCCACCGGCCGAAAGGGAUUUGCUACUCGAUCUUUGCUUUAGGCUUCUAGAAUAUGGAGAUCUUGUUUUCCGAAGUCGGAAAGUACAAAAAUUCUACUGGUAUCUCGAUUUCCAUUUCCCCUGGGAAGCUCUGAUCGUUAUGCUUUCAGUAUUACGCUAUCACACGACUGGGCAAGAAGUGGCCAAAGCCUGGAAAUUGAUGGAUGUGCUGUUUAAACGCCAACAAAAAAGUAUGGCUCGACGCAAAAGAAGUCCUCUACAUCUAGCAGUAGCCAAUUUGGCAAUCAAGGCUUGGUCGGCACAUGUCACCGAAGCGGAGCGCAGUCAAGUUGACCCUUUGCCACAACCUGAAGUUAUUGAUCUAUUAUGGCGAUAUACGCAUCAGGAUGUGCCACUGCCUUCAACGUUUGCAAUCCCGAAUGAGGCGACAAUACAGCGGCCACCAAUGGCCUCAGGAUAUGCUACAGCAUCAUCUCAAAGACCCAUUGCGAGUCCGACAGCAAGCAGAAAUCAUCUAAUUGCGAGUCAGGACAAUACUGCCCAAAACAUCUACAAUCAAAUAUUGCCAAUCAGCACCCAAGGGGAUCCAUACAAUCAAAACGACGAGGAUGGUAGCAAGAAUGCAAUAGAAACCGCCAUGGAUGUCGAAUCAAGCCUCCUCAACGACAGCCCUCUUGACUGGGAUCAAUGGGAUGCCCUACUCCAUGAGUUUCAAGACUACGACAGCGCCGGCGAUAUGAAUAUGCUCUUCCCUCCGCCGUUAGCAUAG